UUAAGCCUUUUAAGCUAGGAAAGGGGAUGUGGUUCAAUCACCAUAUACAUCAACUCCUCUCCUGCUCUAUGACUUUGAGUACUCUCCCAUAUACACCACAGACACCUUUUCUUUUGGACUUCAAAAUUUAUUCCAAUUCCUUUCACAAGGAUUUAAUGUAAGUUGGGUUAACCCUCCCUUCACCACAUUGUUUGGUUAGUCUUGUUUCUCAUCAUCAGCAACAAUUAUUGUCACUUGUGACACUCUAAAAGGUGAUUAAUUCUGAACUCCCAUGAUUAGUAAUGUGCCAUAUUUUUUUUGAAGAGCGGGGCUAAACAAAAAUUAAAAAGAAAUAAAAGAAAAAGUAGAUGGCCACAUCAUUGAAAUCUCCCUUUAAAAGAUGACCACAACUUCAACAAGCUAGAAACUAGGAAUAAGGCCGAAUCCAAUUGAAAAAACAAUGGAUGUUGAGAAAGCCUUCCACAUGACUGGAGGAGUUGGCAAAACUAGCUAUGCCAAGAAUUCUUCACUACAGAAGAAGGCAUCUGAUAAGGUGAAACACAUAAUCAUACAAACAGUUGAGGAUCUUUACCUUACAACCACUCCCAAGAGCAUAGGCAUUGCUGAUUUGGGAUGUUCCUCUGGGCCAAACACCCUAUCAAUCAUCAAAGACAUCUUUCAGGCCAUCCAAGGCAUAAGCCACAAGAUCAUGCACCACUCCACAGAAUUCAGGGUUUACUUUAAUGAUCUUCCAACAAAUGACUUCAAUUCAAUCUUCAAGGCCCUGCCAGAGUUCCACCAGCUGCUUAGGCAAGACAGGAAAAAUGGGUUUCCUUCCAUUUUCAUGGGAGGCUACCCUGGCUCAUUUUAUGGAAGACUAUUCCCAAACAGUUACUUGCACUUUGUCCACUCCUCCUACAGUCUACACUGGCUUUCAAGGGUUCCUCCAGCUAUCUAUGAUGAGCACAAGAGGUCAUUGAACAAAGGGUGUGUUUACAUUUGUGAAUCAAGCCCUGAAGUGGUGUCUCAAGCAUACUAUCAACAAUUCCAAGAAGAUUUUUCCUUGUUUCUUGGGUCAAGGUCAGAAGAACUAGUAGUAGGUGGAAGAAUGGUGCUGAUAUUUCUAGGGAGAAGGGGCCCAGAACAUGUUGACAGAGGCAACUCUUUCUUCUGGGAGAUUCUUUCCCGUUCAUUUGCUAUUCUAGUCUUACAGGGAGAAAUAGAACAGGAGAAGUUGGACUCAUAUGAUGUACAUUUCUAUGCACCAUCAAGGGAAGAGAUAGAGGAAGAGGUGAGAAAAGAAGGGUCGUUGAAGUUGGAGAGGCUAGAGAUGUUUGAGAUGGACAAGAACGAGCAAGGGAGUGGUGAGAGCUAUGGCACACAGAUUUCAGUGGCAGUGAGAGCCAUUCAAGAAUCAAUGAUCUCACACCACUUUGGAGAAAGGAUCUUGGACGGUUUGUUCAAGAAUUAUGCAAGGUUGGUGGAUCAAGAAGUGGCUAAGGAGGAAAUAAGACCCAUCUCUUUUGUUCUCGUUCUAAGAAAAAUAUAAUAUAUGAUAUCAUUAUUGUACAAAUUAUUCUAUUAUUAAGGUUAUUAUUUAUGUUGGUUUGCAGUAAUGAGACGUGUUUAAAUUGCAGCCA